AUGACACGUGUAUUCAAUAUGGCGGCGGCGAUGGAGACGUGGACCCUGCUGCUGUUGCUGAUCUUGCUGCAUGGGGUCCAGCCCUUCUACGUGCCUGGAGUUGCUCCCAUUAACUUUCACCAGAAUGACCCAGUCGAGAUCAAGGCAGUGAAGCUGACCAGCUCGCGGACCCAGCUGCCCUAUGAGUACUACUCCCUGCCUUUCUGUCAGCCUGAGAAGGUGGUGUACAAGGCUGAGAACCUGGGGGAGGUACUUCGAGGCGACCGCAUCGUGAACACUCCCUACUCGGUUCUGAUGAACCAGGACCGGAAAUGUGAGGUGGUUUGUGGUAAACCCAACAAGCCACUCAGGCUCAGUGUGGAGAGUAGCAAGUUGAUCGCGGAGCGCAUCCAGGAGGAGUACUAUGUCCACCUGAUUGCAGACAACCUCCCUGUUGCCACACGGCUGGAGUUCUACCCGAACCGUGAGGCAGGGGGCGAUGAGGAGCAAAAGAAGGAGGUGCUGAAAGAUGUGCAGUUUGAGCAUGGCUACAGGCUGGGCUUCACCGACAACAACAAGUUCUACCUCCACAACCACCUCUCCUUCAUCCUGUACUACCACAAGGAGAAGGUGGAGCAGGAUGAGGAGCACAACUUCAGGGUGGUGCGCUUUGAAGUGGUGCCUCAGAGCGUCAAGGUGGAGGACCUGAAGGCAGAUGAGAAGGGUGUGUGUGACCUGCCAGAGGCCAGCGGCUCAGCACCCCAGGAGAUCGAUCCGACUAAGGAGAACGACGUGCUCUUCACCUACUCUGUCCACUGGGAGGAGAGCCAGGUGAAAUGGGCCUCACGCUGGGACACAUACCUCACCAUGAGUGACGUGCAGAUCCACUGGUUCUCCAUUGUCAAUUCUGUGGUGGUGGUCUUCUUCUUGUCCGGUAUUCUGAGUAUGAUCAUCAUCCGGACUCUGAGGAAGGACAUUGCCAACUACAACCGAGAGGAUGACAUUGAGGACACCAUGGAGGAGUCCGGCUGGAAGAACGUCCAUGGCGAUGUGUUCCGCCCUCCGCAGUAUCCCAUGAUCCUCAGCUCCCUGCUGGGGUCUGGCAUACAGCUCUUCUGCAUGAUCCUCAUCGUCAUCUUUGUGGCCAUGUUGGGAAUGCUGUCUCCUUCCAGCCGGGGUGCUCUGAUGACCACAGCCUGCUUCCUCUUCAUGUUUAUGGGUGUGUUUGGCGGAUAUUUUGCUGGCAGACUGUACCGCACUCUGAAAGGGCACAGGUGGAAGAAGGGAGCAUUCUGUACGGCCACACUGUAUCCCGCCGUGGUGUUUGGCAUCUGCUUCAUUCUCAACUGUUUCAUCUGGGGAGAGCAUUCCUCAGGCGCGGUGCCCUUUGCGACCAUGGUGGCACUCCUCUGCAUGUGGUUCGGCAUCUCCAUGCCCCUGGUCUACCUCGGCUACUACUUCGGCUUCCGCAAGCAGCCUUAUGACAAUCCUGUCCGAACCAACCAGAUCCCCCGCCAGGUGCCAGAGCAGCGCUGGUACAUGAACAAGUUUGUGGGGAUCCUUAUGGCGGGGAUCCUUCCUUUCGGAGCCAUGUUCAUCGAGCUCUUCUUCAUCUUCAGCGCGAUAUGGGAGAACCAGUUCUACUACCUGUUUGGGUUCUUGUUCCUGGUCUUCAUCAUAUUGGUGGUGUCCUGUUCCCAGAUCAGCAUUGUCAUGGUGUAUUUCCAGCUGUGUGCAGAGGAUUACCGGUGGUGGUGGAGAACCUUCCUUGUCUCAGGAGGGUCGGCCUUCUAUGUGCUGGUUUACGCCAUAUUCUAUUUCGUCAACAAGCUGGACAUUGUGGAGUUUAUCCCGUCCCUGCUGUACUUCGGCUACACAGCCCUGAUGGUCCUGUCCUUCUGGCUCCUGACCGGGACGAUCGGGUUUUACGCCGCCUACAUGUUCAUACGGAAGAUCUAUGCGGCUGUCAAAAUCGACUGAGAUGCUGGAGGGAGAUGAGGGGUUGUUUUUUUUUUUUUUUUUUUUCCAUUUUUACCUUUUAUUUUAUUUUUAUUAUAUUUUUUUGCAAGCACUGAUUUUUGUGUAUGGGAGGAGCAUGGGUUUUGUCACAUGGCGCCCCCUGGAGGGAGAGGAACACUUAAAAGCUCCAGCUGUCCUCUGUUCUGGAAACACAGAGCCUCUCCCAGACUGCAGAUCUCACAGUGCUCACACAACAUGGGCCAAAGCAUGUGCGAUGAGGUUUUCCUUUUUUUUUUCUUUUUCCUUUUUGAUGAGUUUUGGAAUUUGAUGGGGGAAGAGUUAAAGGGGCAGAAUGGGUUGAAUAUUUCAGGUUGUGCCUAUUGUUAAACUAAACUCCGUUUUUUUUUUUUUUCUUUUUUAUUGUAUGGGAAUAUGUUUAUAGAGGCUUUGGAGUGAGGGGCAUGAGGCACUGUAUCUGUGAACAUCAUGACAGUAUGAUGAUGGACAUGAAGUUGAUUGAAGAGCUACUAUUUAAGAUGGAUGAUGUGGCAGGGGAGCUGUAAAUGGUGAAUCAUACUAUAUUUAACCCCUGACAUUUACAAGAGUGGGGGUGCUCUUCUGUGCAGCCGCCCCAUGU